AUGGGAGCACCCGGUCCUGGCUUUACAGAGCCUGUCAAAAAGAAGCAAUCAGAAAACCUAGACAGACUUACCACUUUGGAAACAAAAAUUUAUGGAGAUUCCCAAGAAGGGAACUACAAGUCAGAGGUCAACAGUAAACCCAGGAAGGAACGAACAGCUUUCACCAAGGAGCAAAUCAGAGAGCUAGAAGCAGAAUUUGCUCAUCAUAACUAUUUGACCAGGCUGAGGCGAUACGAGAUAGCAGUAAACCUUGACCUCACUGAAAGACAGGUAAAAGUUUGGUUCCAGAACAGACGAAUGAAGUGGAAGCGGGUAAAAGGGGGCCAGCAAGGGGCAGCAGCCCGGGAGAAGGAACUGGUGAAUGUGAAAAAGGGCACGCUGCUCCCCUCUGAGCUCUCUGGCAUCAGUGCAGCUGGUCUCCAGCACACGGGGGACUCGCUAGUGAACGACGACAGCCAUGACAGCGACCACAGCUCGGAGCAUGCGCACUUAUGA